AUGGAAGUUUCAAGCCAUAACAGUUCAAAGACAAGUCUUAUCGUUCACGAAGAAGACGCAAACAUAUCAGCAUUCCGCCGAAUAAACAAGGUCCUAAUCCUCUCAUUAGUGUUCUUAAUCAUCUUAUUAACACUAACCUUAGCCGCCUUAAUCGUCUACCUCGUGCGCCUCGACAACAACGAUUCUCCGUCUCCCGCGAGAGCAUACUGCUACGUCAAUUCCGACGCUCCGGCGUGUUCAAGCAUCGUCAAUCUCAUCAUUAGCGGCAAAUUCGUCUCAGAUCCAAAUCAGAUCUUCGCUCUCUCUCUCCAAGCAGCAGCCGAAGAUCUCCAACGUUUGAUCGCUUCAUCAUUAAUUGAGUUCAACAACUGCUCCAGCUCGUUGCGCGAUGCGCUGGAUCAGAUCCGUGACCCGCUGGCUGCGAUGCGGGUCGACCCGUUUGUGGAGUUCAAGAGCGACGAGCAGAGGGGAGAGAUGAUGAAUCGGAUCGCGGCGGCGGCGGAGGACGUGGAGACAUGUCUGGAUAAGAUUGGUGGUGGCGAGGAGCUGGGGAAGGUGAAGGCGUAUUUGAAUGGCGCCGGAGAUUUUUUGAUCGGCUACGCGGAGGCGUUGCAGAUGUUGGAGACGGAUAAAUGGGCGAGGGUUUAUAAUAAUCAUGAGAUUAGACAGUUUAGUAUUUGUAUGUGCGUGUCGCAGUUGACGUUCAUUAUUGCCUUGUUUUGCUCACAUUUUAGAAUUGUCAAGUCUCGUCGAAAAUUUUGA